AUGGCAAAAAUCAACACCCAGUACUCCUACCCUGGCAUGCAGAGACUGUCUGUCAGAACUACUGAUGAAGAUAUUGAAAGGAUUGAAAAUGGCUGUAUCAGAACCCAUUCACUGUGUGAGGAUGCAUCUUCAGAACUACAAAGAGUCAUUUCUGUGGAAGGAAGACAUCUAUCUGAAACUCAGACGAGCUCAUUCACGGGCAGGGGAGCAAUGGCAAGACUAUCACGAUUUGUCAUAUCUGUGAGGUCAUGGGCCACAAGACAUUUGCAUCAUGAAGACCAAAGACCUGAUUCUUUCCUAGAGCGUAUCCGAGGACCAGAGCUCAUCGAGGUGUCCAGUAGGCAAAGUAAUAUUCGCUCCUUUCUGGGUAUCCGUGAGCGGCCUGGAGGAGUAAACAGGAAGAAAAAAGAGAUCUUUGUGAUAGAUCCUUCAAGCAAUAUUUACUACAACUGGCUGACCAUAAUUGCAGCACCUGUGUUUUAUAACUGGUGUAUGCUAGUGUGCAGAGCCUGCUUUGAUGAGCUACAAAUUGACCAUAUUAAAUUAUGGCUGGUCUUGGUUUAUGCCUCUGAUGUCAUCUAUGUUUUUGACAUGUUUGUCAGAUUCAGGACAGGCUUCCUUGAACAAGGCUUGCUAGUUCAGGAUGAAAAGAAAUUACGAGAUCAUUAUACCAAAACUCUGCAGUUCAAACUGGACGUGCUGUCUCUUCUGCCAACAGACCUGGCAUAUUUGAAGUUUGGUUUGAACUAUCCUGAACUGCGAUUCAACCGCUUGCUGAGGAUUGCUCGUCUGUUUGAGUUUUUUGACCGUACAGAAACCAGGACAAAUUAUCCAAACAUGUUUCGCAUUGGAAAUCUUGUCUUGUACAUUCUUAUCAUCAUCCACUGGAAUGCAUGUAUAUACUUUGCAAUUUCGAAGCUCAUCGGAUUUGGAACGGACUCUUGGGUCUACCCCAAUGUGUCCAUUCCAGAGUAUGGGCACCUGUCUAGAAAGUACAUUUACAGUCUGUACUGGUCAACGCUCACACUGACAACCAUUGGAGAAACACCUCCCCCCGUGAAAGACGAAGAGUAUCUCUUUGUUGUCAUUGACUUCCUGGUGGGUGUGCUCAUCUUCGCUACCAUCGUUGGUAACGUGGGCUCCAUGAUUUCCAACAUGAAUGCCUCCAGGGCAGAGUUCCAGGCCAAAGUGGAUUCCAUUAAACAGUACAUGCAUUUCCGAAAAGUGACUAAGGAUUUGGAAGCCAGAGUUAUUAAGUGGUUUGAUUACCUCUGGACCAACAAGAAAACAGUGGAUGAGAAGGAAGUUCUCAAAAAUCUGCCUGAUAAGUUGAAGGCUGAAAUUGCCAUCAAUGUCCAUUUGGACACACUGAAGAAAGUGCGUAUAUUCCAGGAUUGUGAAGCUGGACUUCUCAUUGAGCUGGUGCUGAAACUGAAACCUACGGUCUUCAGUCCUGGGGACUACAUUUGCAAAAAGGGAGAUAUUGGGAGAGAAAUGUACAUUAUUAAAGAGGGGAAAUUGGCUGUGGUGGCGGAUGAUGGCAUAACCCAAUUUGUAGUCCUAAGUGAUGGCAGCUACUUUGGUGAAAUCAGCAUCCUAAACAUCAAAGGUAGCAAAUCUGGCAACAGGAGGACAGCCAACAUAAGGAGUAUUGGUUAUUCUGAUUUAUUCUGCUUGUCUAAGGAUGAUUUAAUGGAAGCCCUCACAGAGUAUCCAGAAGCCAAAAAGGCACUGGAAGAGAAAGGGCGACAAAUUCUGAUGAAAGACAAUUUAAUAGAUGAGGAAGCAGCAAAAGCAGGAGCUGACCCAAAAGACUUGGAAGAAAAAAUAGAAAGACUUGAAACAGCUCUGGAUACGCUGCAGACGAGGUUUGCGAGGCUCUUGGCAGAGUAUACCUCAUCUCAACAAAAGGUGAAGCAGAGACUUGCCAGAGUAGAAACCCGAGUGAAAAAAUAUGGUAGUGGUACCUUAUCAGUUGGAGAAGCAGAGGCUGAAAAACAGGAGGAGGAGAAAAAGCAGUAA